CGGUGGAGCCAUAAAAAGUGGGGCAGCGGCUUGCGCCGCGCUGGGGCACCGGAGGGCGCCGGGCGGCCCGGGGCGAUGCGCGCGCGGCCCUGAGGCGCCCCGAGGGGGACCAUGAAGGGCAACGGCAGCGCGCUGCUCAACGCCUCCCAGCAGGCGCCCGGCGGGGAGGAGGGCGCGCGGCCUCGACCCUCCUGGCAGGCCUCCGCGCUGGCCUUCAUCCUCAUCUUCACCAUCGUGGUGGACAUCCUGGGCAACCUCCUGGUCAUCCUGUCGGUGUAUCGGAACAAGAAGCUCAGGAACGCAGGAAAUAUAUUUGUGGUGAGCCUAGCAAUUGCAGACCUGGUGGUGGCCAUUUAUCCAUACCCCUUGGUGCUGACAUCUAUAUUUAACAAUGGAUGGAACCUGGGAUCUCUGCACUGUCAAAUUAGUGGCUUCCUGAUGGGCUUGAGUGUCAUUGGCUCCAUAUUCAAUAUCACUGGGAUCGCCAUUAAUCGCUACUGCUACAUCUGCCACAGUCUCAAGUACGACAGGUUGUACAGUAACAAGAAUUCCCUUUGCUACGUGUUCCUGAUAUGGAUGUUGACACUAGUGGCCAUUGUGCCCAACUUGAGAACUGAAACACUCCAGUAUGACCCGAGGAUCUAUUCCUGUACGUUUGCACAGUCUGUCAGUUCAGCAUACACAAUAGCUGUGGUGGUUUUCCACUUCAUACUUCCUAUGGUCAUAGUCAUCUUCUGCUACCUAAGAAUAUGGAUCCUGGUUCUUCAGGUUAGACGGAGGGUGAAGUCUGACAACAAACCCAAACUGAAACCACAGGACUUCCGGAACUUUGUCACCAUGUUUGUGGUUUUUGUACUUUUUGCAAUUUGCUGGGCUCCUCUAAACUUUAUUGGUCUUAUUGUGGCCACAGAUCCUACCAGCAUGGUGCCCAGGAUACCAGAGUGGCUAUUUGUGACUAGUUACUACAUGGCAUAUUUCAAUAGCUGCCUCAAUGCAAUUAUAUAUGGACUACUGAACCAAAAUUUCAGAAAGGAAUACAGAAGAAUUAUAGUUUCACUGUGUACAGCCAAGAUGUUCUUUGUCGAUAGCUCGAAUGAUGUAGCAGAUAAGAUUAAAUGUAAACCCUCUCCAUUGAUAACCAACAAGAAUUUAAUCAAGGUGGACUCUGUUUAGAAAAGCAAAGCAUUUCUGGUACAAUGUCCGUGUCUCAGGAUCUUACUCCUUUUCAUGUCUGCUUUGCUCUUGAUAGAGGUCUAGAAAACAGUAGUUGAGAAACGGAAGCUCUUAAGAGGUUACCUUAGUUUCUGAGCUAGUGUGCUUUGUGAAAAAGUGCUUAUCAAGAGAAACCCAGAACAUACAGAGAAUCAUAUGUUAAUUGAAGAAUAUGUUUCAGGGGUAGGGGGUUAAAGUAAAAUACUGGAUGAAUUUAAGGGAAUAGUGUGAAAAUCUUUAUUUUACUGUAAAUGAGUUUCACAAACACAGUACAGUCAUCCCUCUUUCUGUGGGUUCCACAUCCUCGGAUUCAUGCAACCAUGAAUUGAAGAUAUUUAGGAAAACAUUGCAUCUGUACUGAACAUGUAUGUAUUUUUAUUCUUGUUAUUCCCUGAACAAUAUAGUAUAACAGCUAUUUAUAUAGCAUUUCCCUUGCUAUGGGUUUUAUAAAUAAUCUAGAGAUGAUUUAAAACUGUAAAUGUGAAGAUAUGCAUAGGUCAUAUGCAAAUACUGUAUCAUUUUAUAUAAGGGUCUUGAGCAUUCACAAAUUUUUAUCUUCUUGGGGUCUCCUGGAACAAGUCUCCUAGGGAUUUUGAGGAUGAGUAUAACUGCUUUCCCCCUUACUUGUUAAAAUAUUUUAAAUGGAAAAAUGAAUAGACCCUUUUAUUUAUAAAUGAGUGAAUGAACAAAAAGGACAAGUGAGAUGAGUGACUCAUUAUGGAGUGAAAGGCUGAACACUCAGUGACAGGGGCAACAACCACUGCCACCAUCAUACUGAGCCACCUCCCAGCCCUUUGUAUUUAAAAUGAAAUACAGGGUCUGACUAAGUUGCUGAGGCUGACCUUGAACUUGCAUUCCUCCUGCCUCAGCCUCCCGAGUAGCAGGGAUUACAGGCGCGCACCACCAGGCUCAGCUACUCUCCUCUAUGCUGGAAAAAAAAAAAAGUAUCAUGUACAAGUCAAUGUAAAACCAACUUUGCAAUAUUGAUUAUAGGUUUUGAGAAAUCUCCUAUGACUGCAUGUGAGUAAAAAUUUAGACAAUAACAAAGUUAUUUUAGUGCUGUUCAAUAUUUAUGUUGAUGGUAAGUAAGUACUUAUUUUACCAAAGCUCUUUUAGAAGGCCAAAGAUUGAAUGUAAACUAAAUUUGUAAAACAUAGGGAAAGAUCAAAAGGGGCAGAUAUUUAACCAAAGUUUUAGUAUACACAUAACGUAACAAUAACAAGUGGGAUAAAAAUUCAGUAACAAACUAAACUAGUACCAGGACUAGGCUGUGGCCAUCAAGUUUCUGAAAUGUUGGGACAUGCCCUAAUUGGAUUCAACUCACACUUGUCUGUCACCAGAAAGAUGAUGGAGUCAUUGUGCAAUCACCUUGCUUCACAGUGCUGAGGAAAAAAUUGAAUUUAACUAUGGAAAAGCAAUCAUAAGUGAAUGUAGAAAGUGAAUGAUUUUAGAAGCACAAGACUUACUCAUAUGUUAUUCUAUUUUCUAUCUCUGAAGCAGACAUUUUAAGUUAAUAGAAACAACCACUUAGAAAUGUUUUUACAUCACAGAGUUUACCAUGGGACAAAGUGACUGUGUAUGGUUGUGCACACGUGUUUGCAUGCAUACUGUGUGCAUUAGCCAGUUAGCUCUCAUUUCACUUUUAAUGUUGCUGAUCUGAGGAAAUAAGAACAGCUUCUAUGGCUUUAAAGAGUCAAAAGAAGACUUAGGUGUGUGUUAUGUUAGUAAUAAUAAGAUUAUGCUGUGUUCCUUUAUUAUGAGGAUACAUUUCUUUGUUCUGAUAACAGAUCUAUGAUUCACAUGCCCAUUGAAAAACCAAUUGAUUACUAUUUCAUCUAGAAAUUAGACACAGAGCCUCUCUUUUCUUGAGAUAGCCUGAUUCUCUAUUUUCUAGCAGAAAUGUUACUUUGCAGUAAUGUGUGUGAUGCAAAUAUAUCCAGUUUGGAAUAAAGUAUUCCAAAUAAAUGAGGAAUAAAGUGAAAUGAAUGUUACCUUCAAUCUCUAUGAUGUUCAACACCUCUGAGAACUUUUGAAUUUUGGUGCACAAAGGGCAAGUGAUUAUCUACUGAGCACUGUCCUAAUAAAUACUGAAUGAACCUCCAUGCUUGGGAUGUGGGAGGAAGAAUCAGUUCAGCUAUUUGGUUUGCCCAUUAAAAGAGCUGAUAGAAUUUCUGCCUAGAGAGCUAUAAUAUCUUCAUUAACUCUGUGGUCAUUGAGUUACAACGUAAAUGUUUGCUUAGACAGUGUUUACACAAUUCAAAGUAGUUAAAUAUAAGAUGCUAACCUCAGUUCUGACAUUAUUUUCUGCUUGUCAUUAUUUUCUUGCAGCCUGAGUGUGUGUAUAAAACUGCAGGAAGUCUGUUUUUCCAAAAGACACAUUCAUUUUAUAUUUUUGAAA